AUGGCAGGUUCUGCCAAAGAAAAUUUAACUCAAUUUGAAAAAGCAAAUCAUAUUCAAGAAAUAACAGCAGCUGAUGAAAGCUAUGCAUAUGACGCUGCUGUUCAACAAGGGAUUUUACAAAAUCGGUCAUGGUUACAAAAUCCAAAUUAUUUUAAACGAUGUAAAAUCUCUGCUUUGUUUUUGUUAAAAUUAGUUAUGCAUGCACGUUCAGGUGGUACACUUGAAGUAAGGGGCAUGUUAUUAGGAAAAAUUGAUAGUAAAAAUAUGAUUGUUAUAGAUUCAUUUGCUUUACCAGUUGAAGGAACAGGAUAUAAAGCUGAAACUGACGUUAUUGAAUAUCAACCGGUACCAUUAAAUAAAAUUGAAGAUUUUGGUGUACAUUGUAAACAAUAUUAUCCACUUGAAUCACAUCAACAUUAUUAA